AGGAUUGCACUUUGUGCUUAGUCGGAAAAAUAGGAGAUAGUUUCAAACAACUACGCCUAUAACACGACGGACAUUUGGAGGAUUCCAACAUAACAUCAAAUUCUAAACGGAAGUAGAAAUAUAACUAUCGCUGUUCUUGGCCUUCAGCAGUCGCAGGCAAGUAAUCGAGACCCACUGUGCUAAUUGUUGUGACUCGUCACUGUCAAAACCAAGAGAAACAUAUUCACACUUUUCAAAAGAUUAAAAAUCUAAAUCACAAGGAUAAACAAGUUGGGUAAAUUUCCACCACUAAGAUCCUAAGUAAGUACGAUCCUGAAACCUUAAACGCCUCGGCAGGAGGCCGCGCCAGAUCCUUAGAAAUGUUCAGUCCGCCAGUAAAAAGAUCCUAUCCUUAAUGGUCAUCAGGACGGAGCUCCAUAGAUCGGGAUAAGGUAGAGAUCUUCUGGGACGGCUGUUCUGCUCUAGGUUCUUGGUGUGAAUAGAAUAACUAGUAGUAGGGAGAAACCUUGGGUCAAGGUUGAUCUUCAGGAAGUUGCAAGUUUUACAAACUUGCAACAUUAUGAGAAAACGGUCUUGAUGUUGAUGAUUGAUGACAAUCAAAACCAUUGAUUUCCCAUGCUUUUCUUACUUUGUCUUGCUGCCAUUUGGCUCAAGACUUGCAACAGGAUUUUAUUGGAUUUGAGUGCGGUGGUGAUGCGUCAAGCUCCCAACUCGGAGUAGCAUCACUAAUUGUUCUUUUUCCCUUCAGUUUUCCCUGCAUUAUAUUUUUCAAUCAAACGAUAUCGGGAGGUAUCGCAAAGUAGUUGUAGACUUUCAUCAUUUAUGUGAUAAGAAUUCUCCUUGUUCUUGUUGUCUUUCUUGUAGUAAAAAAUGCUGAGGCAAGCGCGUGAUCCUGAGGCUUUGUGCCAGUUCUUGUACCUCGAAGCGGACUUCUCAAAGGGAGACGCAGCGGCACAAAGAGAUGCUGGUUGGCAGUCGAAAGCUCAGGUGCAAGCAGUGUGGGACUUUUUGUAUAUGAAGUGGGACCUUCCGAAAAAAGACGCGCGCAACAAGCUCGUGGAGCUUAGUGGGAAAUGGGUCUCGCUCAGUCACUUACCGGAAGAUAAGACGCAGAUUGACGCAUGGUUCCGUUACUUCUACAAUUCCGUCGACCUAAGCAAGCAGGAAAGCGGCCAGCGCGUGUUCACGAUGAUGACGCAGGAACCCUGGCGUCUGAAAGACGAUCCGAAAAAUCUGGAGAAAAUUUUGAAAGAGAUUGACUCGUGCAGCGAUUUGAGCAAGCAGAAAGCCGGUCAGCUCGCAGCGAAAUUCAAUGACGCAGAUCAAGUGAAAGCCAUCUGGCAAGCCUUGUACAACACCUGCGACUACACGAAAGCGGAUGCGACACGCAUUUUGAAAGAAGUCGAGGACUGGCACUGGAUCGAUGAUACCUGGAUCAAAAAACAGUGGAAAAAGUACUACACCGAUGAGGACAAGACCAAACUUGAGUCGCAGCGCUUGAUUCAACAAGAGCUGAUUUCUUACGCACAGUACACGAAAGAGAACAAGUACGGAAACAACUAAGGCCAUGCUGGAGGAGAUGAUGGGUGGCUCCUCUCCUCUGCCGGUAGUGGUCUGGCUCAUUGUAUUAUUUCUUCUUGGGAGGGAAGAUUCGGAUUAACAGGCAGCUUUUUCGUGGGGUUUAUCCUUUGUUCCCUACACUUUUCUUUGAUAUAUAUUUCCAUACUCUUGCUCCAUGAUCUUUGUUCUCUCAAUGUGCUCACAUUCCUUUUUUCAUGAUCUACGUUCCAUAUCUACUUCUCCCGACUCGUCCUGCCCUCUCGUUCGUUGAUGUUCUCGUCCAUGUUGUUCUUAUGUCAGAUUAAGGCACUCUUUACACCUUGUUUCUUUCACUUGUCCUAAUCAGUAGUAAUUUCUGUGGAUUAUGCUCUUUGAGUACAGUACUUGGUUUUCUGUGCAGGCGCGCGUGAUUCGACGGACACUCUUCUUGAUGAAGCGUUCUAUCAUUCAAU